AUGAGUGAUUUAAAGGUCGGAGUUGUUAUUCCUGCUGCAGGACGUGGAACUAGGCUAGGGGGCCCAGUGUCAAAACAGUAUCGCAAAAUUUUAGAUAAACCGCUUCUUAUGUACUCACUUGAAGCAUUCCUGGAUAUAACAUGGAUCAAUAAAAUAAUAUUGGUGGUAGAUAGUAUGGAAAAGGUUCAAGCAAUGUUGCAAGAGUUUGGUUAUGAAACUUCCCCUAGAAUUGUAUUAGUCAAAGGAAGAGAAACUCGCCACCGUUCAAUUAAAGCUGGUGUUCUGGAGUUACAAAAACAGUUCUCUGAUGAAGUGAAUGUUGUGGUGGUUCAUGACGGAGCACGACCUAUAGUACCACCGUCUCUGGUGAUGGAGCUAGUACGAGGCGCAGAACAGCACGGCGCGGCUGGCGCAGUCAGACCUCUAGUGUCCACUGUACUGCGUGUCACAUCUGACAGUUUCCUGGCUGACAGCCUAGAUCGUUCCUUGCAUGUCGCAAGUGAGACCCCUCAGGCUUUCCAGCUGGAAAUAUUAACAAUGGCUUACAACAAGUGUUCAGAAGAGGACCUUAAUCAUGGCACAGAAUGUCUUGCGUUAGUUCUAAAGUACUGUGGAACAAAGGCCAAACUGAUCCCAGGUCCAGAGGAUCUUUGGAAAGUCACCCAUAAACAAGAUCUUUAUCUGGCUGCUGUGACCAUAAAACGGAAAAACAACAAUGUAUGCAUCAUCAGCACUGAGAAGAAUGCAAUUAUUAAUACUCUAGUUGACAGUCUUAACAUAUCUGCGGCCCAGACUGUGCGCCAUGUUGUUUCACCAGAAGAUACUGACUCCAACAACACUGAUCAACACACUUUCAACAUUGUCAUCUGCUUCCAUCAGCAGGAGAUACAGGAUACCCAGCUUGUAGAUUUUGCUCCUAUGUUAGACACUGUAAACCAGGGUCUAAUAAUCCAUGUGAUUUGGAAUGCCAGUGUGGAGGGUCUACAGACCAAGAGUGUUUACAGUCUGCAGAAGUCUGGGCGUAGCAUGUCUCAUCAUUAUGACAAACUGCGCAAAGGUGUUGUGGUAAUACACUGCAUCUCAGGGAAUGAGGAGAGUCAACUCAUUUCACUUCUAACAACUCUUGUUCAAGCUGAUCCAUUAACCUUCUCUGGACAGACCCUAUUCAUCUGA